GAUUAUCCUAGUGAUUCGCCCCACAAUAAUCAAGUCUUGAACUACCAGGAAACCAAUCGCGAUUUUAUUUCUACAGCGCCGGCGCUCACAGCUCGGGACCACACACACCUUUAUUUUCCAAAACACUUCGACGUAGGUAGGAACUACUUCUGCGUUGUCCGACGCGCUGUUUUCUUCUCUAUGCACUCACUUUGAUGUGUAAGGAUUUUCGAAGAUAGAAAACUCUUCCGCUUAAAGAUCAACUGACACUUGUAAGUACCUGCUUCGUCGAUUUCCAUUUUUCUGACUUAAAGUAUAAUACGCUACUUUCCAUCUAUCUUCUAGACGGCAAAAAAAGAAAAAGAUGGUGCGUUUGCUCCGCGGGACCAGCGCUGCUGUC